AGGACUUGUAGCUGCUGCUCUUCAAUAACAAUACCGUCGCCCAUCCAAGCGCGUGGGGGCUCGGAGGGAGCUUCGUGAUACGGUUUAUCUCAGUUUGUCUCCAGAACCUCGUUGACAGCGGUAAAUACGGUAAAAUGGACGAAGAGGAGCAAUUUGUAAACAUAGACCUGAAUGAUGACAACAUCUGCAGCAUCUGUAAGCUGGAGACAGACACCGGGACGCUGUCUUUCUGCCAUGUCUGCUUUGAGCUGAGCAUAGAGGGUGUUUCCACUGCCACUCUGCUGCACUCCACGUCUUUGCGAGGGCACAGAGACUGCUUUGAAAAGUAUCACCUCAUCGCCAAUCAGAAGCUGUCCCGCACCAAGGCCUCUCGCAGCGCUUACGAGGGAGUGAAGCGGGCCCUGAGCCAGCGGAUCAGCCGCCUUGUGCAGUACGCCCAGAACAGAGACUCUGGAUCCCUGGACGCGUCUGGCCGAUGGGGCUCUAAGCACCAGCUCCUGUGCUACAGCCAGCAGGGUGAUGGAAAGCUGGUGGCCCAGUCAGAUGCGCAGGUGCCCCGUUACGCCCCGCGCUGGACGGAGGAGGUGUCCGCAGGCGAGGUAGAGGAUUUGGGCCUCCUGCAGGGCUCCGGGCAAGAACUGUGGAGGAGUGAACAGAACCACACACUGCAGCAGCAGGGAGGAAGAGAACAGAGAGAGGGGGCCAGACCGAGGCGACACACUGGACACAGCCGAGAGGAAUUGUUGAAGAUGAGCAUGGAAGAGCUCCAUCAGCUGAACUCACAACUGCUGCUGCAGAUUCAAAAAGUCUUCGAGGAGCUUUCGGUGGCUGUACAGGAGAAGGACUCUUUAGCAUCUCAGCUCCACGUGCGCCACAUUGCCAUUGAACAGCUUUUUAAGAACUGUGCUAAGCUCCCCUGGCUGCAGAUUGGCCGGGCGGGGGCCAAAGCCAGCAAUGCCCCAGUGGAGUGAAGCUCUGGUUCAAGUGCAGGAGGCUCAGAACCAGAGGAAGAACCGAGACGGUAGCCUAGAGCAGCGGAUCACAACUUGAGGACUACGCACAAAGUCGCACCACUGAUGCGCUCUUGACUCGCUGUGUGUCCGGGUGGGAUUGGUGUGUUUCACUUCGUAUUUUUUGCAGUACUUGAACACAAGAAACGUUGAAAGAGACUCAGAGUAGAAGCUGGAGUGCUUUGGGACCUUUGGAACUGUGGUCACUAUGCAGAUUGAGGUCUUCAGUAACAUUUUAUAGUUUGUUUUUGUUUGUAUGGCCUCAUCAAUGUAAACGAUGAUUUUUUGUUAUGUCGUGUUUUUUAAUAUUUCUUAUGUGUUUUAUUUAUUGCUUGUUUGAUUUGUUCUUUGUUCAUUGUUCAUGUUUUUUCUCUUCUGAGCUCGACCAGCUCAGGUGUUUUUUUUGUUUUUUUUUCUGCUGUGCUUGAUAGACAGAGUGUGUUCCAGUUCUCUCUACCCAGAGGGACGAGCUGAUUGGCUCUAGCGUUGCUGUGGUAACUGUUGCUUAGUUAAAAGUGGAGUGUUUUUUCCCCUCCUCUGUCGGUGAUCAUGGCAGUGGAACUUCUUAAUGAGAGCUGAGCAGAUUGCAGUGUACACUUUACUACGAGGCGUUUUGCUCCGUAGCUGUCGAUGCAAACAUUUCACUGAGUUUGUGUUUUUGUGUUUGGACUUUAAAGUGAGGCAGAGUUUAGUUUCUUAUCUUAAAAUUGAACCACGAGGUGCUUGACUUUUUGGUUUAUAUCUCUAUAAGCGUGUUUUGACUUGACCAUUUUUCUCUUGACCUUUUUUUUUUCUUCUCGUUUUUGUGUGUGUGUGUGUGUGUGUGUGUGUGUGUGUGUGUGUGUGUGUGUGUGUGUUUACACUUAGGUUUACUCAUGUGUAAAUUGUGUGCUGUGGUCAUCAGAGAUUCAGAGUUUAGGGAAUAUUCCCCAGAUAAGCACAAGCAAGCUUUGAAAGAGGAAAGUGCUGGUCGUUUUGAUGGGUACAUUAAGCACCUUAAUAAGAGCCUAACCAAAGCCUACGUUGCCGCAAGGCGACAAAAUUCAGUAUUUAUUUUUUUCCAAAUUGUUUGCUUGUUACAAAUAAAAGGAAGUUUCAUAUUUAAUGCUGCCCUUGAAAUUAAGUUGUAUCUUUAGCCCAAACGUUUCAGUUCACAAAUUCAUUUUAGAACUUUUUUUCUCAUUCUUUUUUUUUGUUGUUUGUCAUUUGUUUUGCUUUGAGCUUGUGUGUUUUGUACAGUGUUAUAAAAUAAUUUUGUUUGUGUUUUAUGAAUUAGUGGUUACGAAGCUGGAGCUCUUAUUCAAAAUUCCUGCUCUACCUUAAAUGUUACAGCAGUUAAGUUACAAUGCAGAAUUGGAAUAAGAAGCCAACUUCAGCCUCAGUUAGUGGUUUGCUCCCAAUGCAGAGAUGUGGAGAUGUGAGGCUGGAGCUCCAUCUGGUGGAGGUUUAUGUUGAAGCCUAAUGAGAGGGAAACCAAGAUCAUCAUGUAUCUUUUCAAAAAUGUGUAAUUUCAAGAUUAUUUUAAGAGAUCAAUUAGACGUCUGCUUAUUUUUGAAGAAUAGGCUUCUCUUUAUAAGAGAUACAAAUUAUAUACUUGACCCUUCUGGGGUUUGUAUGGUAAUGUUUUUAAUAUCCUGUAGGAGUGGGUUACAUGUUUAACGUGUUGAUGCA